ACACUCUCUUAAUUCCUACAAAACCCUAGUACCUCCUACCUCAGACACAAAGUUGAUCCCCAUAUAAAUACACAUCGUCGCCGCCGAAGACAUUCUUCUAGCUUAGAAAGAGAAAGAGGAGAGAGAGAGGCGAUCCAAUGUCGAAGCGAGGUCGCGGAGGUUCCGCGGGGAACAAGUUCCGAAUGUCACUGGGUCUGCCGGUGGCGGCGACUGUGAAUUGCGCCGAUAACACCGGUGCCAAGAAUCUGUACAUCAUAUCGGUGAAGGGAAUCAAAGGAAGGCUCAAUAGGUUGCCUUCAGCUUGUGUUGGUGACAUGGUGAUGGCCACUGUCAAGAAGGGGAAGCCAGAUCUCAGGAAGAAGGUCAUGCCCGCCGUCAUUGUCCGCCAACGCAAGCCCUGGCGCCGAAAGGACGGUGUCUAUAUGUACUUCGAAGAUAAUGCCGGCGUUAUUGUCAAUCCCAAGGGAGAAAUGAAAGGAUCUGCAAUUACGGGGCCAAUAGGGAAGGAAUGUGCUGAUUUGUGGCCAAGGAUUGCUAGUGCUGCCAACGCUAUUGUUUAGGAGAUUGAAUUCUAAAGUUUUGUUGCUCUGUUUUAAGUACUGUUUAGGAGAUUGAUUUAAAGUUUUGUUGGUCUGUUUUAAAGUUUCGAACUGGAUGGUUUGUUUUAUAGAUUUGGUCGCUAUUGGCUAUAGGGCUUUGUUUGAACUCGGAGUCUAGCUGUUGUUUAAGACACCAAAUAUGAUAAUGCUUAAAUGGGCUUUGUUUUGCUUCA